AUGCGCUCUGAGGGCCCGGCGAUGGCGGCGUCCGAGGAUCCCCUGAGGCGGCGGAAGGCCGUGGCCGCGGGCCCCGAGCCCGCGUCUCCGCCGGGGCGCGACCCCACGAGCUGCCCGGCCCGCCUUCGCGCGGGCACCUUCUGGCUGACCAGGGUCGUGCUCCUGAAGGCCCUCGCUUUCGUUUACUUCGUGGCCUUCCUGGUGGCCUUCCAGCAGAACAAGCAGCUGAUUGGCGACAGGGGGCUGCUGCCCUGCAGGGCCUACCUGAGGCGCGUGCAGCAGCACUUCCGAGGGCGCACCUGGGACGCCGUCAGCUCCACCCCCACUGUCCUCUGGCUGCUGGACUGGACUCACAUGGACUCCAACCUGGACGCCCUGGCGCUCCUCGGGCUGGGCAUCUCCUCUUUCGUCCUGGUCUCCGGCUGUGCCAACAUGGCCCUCAUGGCUGCUCUCUGGCUCCUCUACAUGUCCCUGGUCAACGUGGGGCAGAUCUGGUACUCAUUUGGCGGAGGCAUGGAGACCCGGGCUCAUGCCCCUCUGCCUGUGUCCCUGUCACCUAAGGGCCCCGUGUCUCUGACAGUGGCAGGAUGGGAGUCCCAGCUCCUGGAGACAGGCUUCCUGGGGAUUUUCCUGUGCCCUCUCUGGACGCUGUCCCCGUUGCCCAGGGGCACCCCCACGUCCCGAAUUGUCCUGUGGGGCUUUCGGUGGCUGAUUUUCAGAAUCAUGCUCGGAGCGGGCCUGAUCAAGAUCCGGGGGGACCGGUGCUGGCGGGACCUCACCUGCAUGGAUUUCCACUAUGAGACGCAGCCGGUGCCCAACCCCAUGGCCUACGUCCUGCACCACUCCCCGUGGUGGUUCCACCGCUUCGAGACCCUCAGCAACCACUUCCUGGAACUCGUGGUCCCCUUCUUCGUCUUCCUGGGACGCCGCAUGUGCAUCCUCCACGGAGCCUUGCAGAUCCUGUUCCAGGUGGUUCUCAUCAUCAGCGGGAACCUGAGCUUCCUCAACUGGCUGACCAUCGUGCCCAGCCUCGCCUGCUUCGACGACGCCACCCUGGCAUUCCUGUUUCCCUCGGGGCCCGGGGGCCUGAAGGACCGAGUCCUGAAGAUGCAGGAGGAGGAGGCCCGGGGGCCCAGGGCCGUGUGGACAUACGGCUGCAUGGCACGGCGCCUGGUCAACCUGGCGAUGGGCGUGCUGAUCGCUGGGCUCAGCGUCCCCGUGGUCCUCAACUUGCUGAGCCCCCGGCAGGUCAUGAACAGCUCCUUCCACCCGCUCCGCAUCGUCAACACGUACGGGGCCUUUGGCAGCAUCACCAAGGAGCGCACAGAGAUCAUCCUGCAGGGCACGGCCAGCCCCAACACCAGCGCGCCUGAUGCCGAGUGGAAGGACUAUGAGUUCAAGUGCAAGCCCGGCGACCUGAGGCGGCGGCCAUGCCUCAUCUCCCCGUACCACUACCGCCUGGACUGGCUCAUGUGGUUCGCCGCCUUCCAGACCUAUGAGCACAACGAAUGGAUCAUCCACCUGGCGGGCAAGCUCCUGGCCAACGACGCCCAGGCCCUGUCCCUGCUGGGCAUCAACCCCUUCGAGGGCACGGCCCCUCCCAGGUUGGUCCGGGGAGAGCACUACAGGUACAAGUUCAGCCGCCCGGGGGGCCAGCACGCCGCCGAGGGCAAGUGGUGGAUCCGGAAGAGGCUGGGACCCUACUUCCCGCCGCUCCGCCUCCAGGACCUGAAGGGCUACUUCAAGUCACGGGAGUGGCCGGAGCCGGAACCGAAGUGAGAGGCGGCCCAGGGCUUGUGCACCGAGCAAUAAAGUGGGAAAGACGGUG